CCCGGAACGCCGAGCGCGGCCGGAGAGCAGCGGGCCCCGGCUCUAGGCUGCCGCCAUGGCCACCGUGGAUCUGGAGAAGCUGCGCAUGUCGGGCGCCGGCAAGGCCAUCGGCGUGCUGACCAGCGGCGGCGAUGCGCAAGGUAUGAAUGCCGCUGUCAGGGCCGUGACUCGCAUGGGCAUUUACGUGGGGGCCAAAGUCUUCCUCAUCUACGAGGGCUACGAGGGCCUUGUGGAAGGAGGUGAGAACAUCAAGCCGGCCAACUGGCUCAGCGUGUCUAACAUCAUCCAGCUGGGUGGCACCAUCAUUGGCAGUGCCCGCUGCAAGGCCUUCACUACACGGGAGGGCCGCCUGGCAGCAGCCUACAACCUGGUCCAACGUGGUAUCACCAACCUGUGUGUCAUCGGCGGGGAUGGCAGUCUCACGGGGGCCAACAUCUUCCGCAGCGAGUGGGGCAGCCUGCUGGAAGAGCUGGUGAGGGAAGGUAAGAUCUCAGAGUCCACAGCUCAGACCUAUGCGCACUUGAACAUUGCCGGGUUGGUGGGCUCCAUUGAUAAUGACUUCUGCGGCACGGACAUGACCAUUGGCACGGACUCAGCCCUGCAUCGCAUCAUGGAGGUCAUUGAUGCCAUCACCACCACGGCCCAGAGCCACCAGAGAACCUUCGUGCUGGAGGUGAUGGGGCGUCAUUGCGGGUACCUGGCGUUGGUGUCUGCGUUGGCUUCAGGGGCAGACUGGCUGUUCAUCCCCGAGUCACCUCCCGAGGAUGGCUGGGAGAAUUUCAUGUGUGAGAGGCUCGGCGAGACUCGGAGCCGGGGGUCCCGACUCAACAUCAUCAUCAUAGCGGAGGGCGCCAUCGACCGCCACGGGAAGCCCAUCUCGUCCAGCUACGUGAAGGAUCUGGUGGUCCAAAGGCUGGGCUUCGACACACGAGUGACCGUGCUGGGCCACGUGCAGCGAGGAGGGACCCCCUCGGCCUUUGAUCGUAUCUUGAGUAGCAAGAUGGGCAUGGAGGCCGUGAUGGCGCUGCUGGAGGCCACCCCCGACACGCCAGCCUGUGUGGUCAGCCUGUCGGGGAACCAGUCGGUCCGGCUGCCCCUCAUGGAGUGUGUGCAGGUGACCAAGGAAGUUCAGAAGGCCAUGGAUGGCAAGAGGUUUGACGAGGCCAUCCAGCUCCGUGGCAGGAGCUUCGAGAACAACUGGAACAUUUAUAAGCUUCUUGCCCACCAGAAGAUCUCCAAGGAAAAGUCCAACUUCUCCCUGGCUAUCCUGAAUGUGGGGGCCCCUGCUGCUGGCAUGAACGCAGCUGUGCGCUCGGCGGUCCGCACCGGCAUCUCCCAGGGCCACACGGUUUACGUCGUGCACGAUGGUUUUGAAGGUCUGGCCAAGGGUCAGGUGCAAGAAGUGGGCUGGCACGAUGUGGCAGGCUGGCUGGGGCGUGGCGGCUCCAUGCUGGGGACCAAGAGGACACUGCCCAAGGGCCACCUAGAGGCCAUUGUUGAAAAUCUCCGCACCUACAACAUCCACGCCCUGCUGGUCAUCGGUGGCUUUGAGGCCUACGAGGGGGUGCUGCAGCUGGUGGAGGCCCGCGGGCGCUUCGAGGAGCUCUGCGUCGUCAUGUGCGUCAUCCCCGCCACCAUCAGCAACAACGUGCCGGGCACGGACUUCAGCCUGGGCUCCGAUACCGCCGUCAACGCCGCCAUGGAGAGUUGUGACCGAAUCAAGCAGUCAGCCUCCGGGACCAAGCGCCGUGUGUUCAUUGUGGAGACCAUGGGGGGCUACUGUGGUUACCUGGCCACGGUGACGGGCAUUGCCGUGGGGGCCGAUGCUGCCUACGUCUUCGAGGACCCUUUCAAUAUUCACGACUUGAAGGCCAACGUGGAACAUAUGACAGAGAAGAUGAAGACGGACAUCCAGAGGGGUCUGGUGCUUCGGAAUGAGAAAUGCCAUGAACACUACACUACAGACUUCCUGUACCACCUCUACUCCUCGGAGGGCAGGGGCGUGUUUGACUGCAGGACCAACGUGCUGGGCCACCUGCAGCAGGGUGGCGCUCCAACCCCCUUUGACCGGAACUACGGUACCAAGCUGGGGGUGAAGGCCAUGUUGUGGAUGUCAGAGAAGCUGCGGGAAGUCUACCGUAAGGUGCCUGUGUCCACAGGGCGGGUGUUCGCCAAUGCCGCAGACUCAGCCUGUGUGAUUGGUCUGAAGAAGAAGGCAGUGGCUUUCAGCCCGGUCACCGAGCUCAAGAAAGACACUGAUUUCGAGCAUCGCAUGCCCCGGGAGCAGUGGUGGCUGAACUUGCGGCUGAUGCUGAAGAUGCUGGCGCACUACCGCAUCAGCAUGGCCGACUACGUGUCUGGGGAGCUGGAGCACGUCACUCGCCGCACGCUGAGCAUCGACAAGGGCUUCUGAGGCCUUCGCCUGCCCACCUCCCUCCCUUCCAGUGCCAGCCACAGCCCCUGGCCAUGAGCAGGACUCACACGGGACUCAGAGCCCAUGGGGGGGGCGGUCUGCUCUGCUGCUCUGGGCUCUCCUUCUAGCCGCAGGCUUCUCCCAGGAUGGAGCACCCUGGGACCCUCACCCUGGGGCCCGUGUUGGGUAUGUCCACAUCAACCUUUCCCUUCACUGGCCUGCUGGCUACCCCACUGCGUGAUUGAAUAGAACCUCACGUUUUCUAGAAAUAAAAGUACCUCGAUUGUG